CUUAGGUUCUCCACGUGGACCCAUUAACCCCAGUCCACAACUCCACAACUUCUAUCAAUGCUCCCCCGCACGACCUGCUUCAUGCGGUACACCCGGCCGUCAAGCCGUCAUCUCUCACCCUGAAACCCCAGCUCCUCCUUGAACCUGCUUGCUUAAUGCUCUUGAUCCCGAUAUUUCCGCCUGCAAGCUCGCAUUGUCCUGCCGCAGUGCACCUGGAUGAACCGCCAGCUAUGAUACUUACCCCAGAGUGGGUCAUAGUGUCGACUCCAGUCUCCACCGAAGCCGGGCCAUGGCCACCUUCGCAGGGGUAGCAGAGUCUGAUCUAGAUCUGCCCCUAGGGGUUGCCGACCAGAGCUGCAAAGAAUGCCGGAGACGCAAGGCGCGAUGCGACAAGGCCAUGCCCACAUGCACUCUCUGCAUCAAAUACGGACGACACUGCUUAUACGAGAAGCAUUCUCGCACGCCACUGACCCGAAGACACUUGACUGAGGUUGAAGAAAGACUUGAACGGGCUGAGGCACUCAUCAGGAGAAUGCGGCGCAACGAAACCAAUGGCCAACAACCGACCAGCGAAAGAACCUUCAUAUUGCCGCAACAGGUCAGUCCCAGCAGGCAGGGGAUUGACUUUGAUUUCGGCGAUCUCAACCAUCGAGAGUUGGGAUUUAGCGCCCCUCUUACAUCUCAGACUAUCGGAGUGAGCGGCAAAGUCAACAGGCCUGUAGCCCCAUCAUCAAAUCCAAGUUCAGCUCAGAUCCACGCAAGGCCUACGUACCGACCAAGAUCAGUACCCCUGCAUGAUUAUCAAGGCACUCAGGACUCAGUCGACCCUAAGCCUUCCCAUGGAUUGGUAGAGACGCCUCCGCGGGAUGACUUUGAAUGGGACGAACUGGAUACUUCCAAUACCCAGUCCCCAGGAUCCAAUGCCGUUGCCGAAACAGGAGAGGAGGACCAAAUCAAGGAUGGCAUGGCAUCACUCACUGUCACUGAGAGUGAGACAGGCUAUCUUGGGGUGGCAUCCGGUGCAGCCCUCUUACGAUUCAUUGAACCCAAUGCGCGUCCAAUAACAGUUCCAGCGAGCUCACAAUACCGACGAGCCCCGUCCCUUUUGGCCCAGCCUGAUCCCAGCCAACACAUCGUUGACAGCAUGAUCGACGCUUACUUCUCCGGUUAUCAUCUGAGCUACCCCAUCAUUCACGAGCCGACCUUUCGUGCGCAGUACUCCGAGGUAAUACCACAACCGCAUGGGCGCAGUUGGCAGAUACUGGCCUACAUCGUUGCUGCCCUCGGUGUUUUUUGCUCAGCCACUUCGGUCGGUAGUUUGGAUCUGGAACUAUUCGCCCGCGCCAGGUCGAUGCUAUCGUUUGACUUCCUAGAGACGGGGAAUUUGACACUUUUGCAAGCUUUGACGUUGAUUUCCAACUACCAGCAGAAACGAGACAAGCCAAAUUCCGGGUACAACUACCUCGGCCUUGCUGUGAGGAUGGCUACAGGAUUAGGCCUCCACAAGGAGUUCCCUGGCUGGAAUAUCUCACCACUAAAUAUGGAAAUCCGUCGUCGUGUCUGGUGGUCCCUAUGCGUCUUUGAUGUUGGCGCCACCAUAACCUUCAGUCGACCAAUGGUCUGGCCGUAUGAUGGCGUCGAGGUGGCGUUUCCGAUGAACGUAACCGAUCGAGAGUUGACCGCAAACUCGAAAACAUACCCACGUGGAAACACCGGUAUAACACCAUACACGGCUGUAGGCACACAAGCUCGCUUCCACGUAGCCACGAAUGAUAUCUACUCGAGGGUUAUAUCCAAGCCCUUUCCUAGCUCGGGGGAGCUCCUCCGAAUGGACGCCGAGUGCAUCGAAUCCUGGCUGGCCAGUCUGCCCCCCUGUUUCACUGAAGGCAGUAUUGUGCCCUCAAAGUACGCUUUGGCACAUGCGGUGAUGCAAUGGCGGUACCGAAACCUCCGAAUCAUCAUGUACCGACCGUUUGUCAUACGGAAAGCAUUAAACACGCGCCAGGGGCGAGUGGAAGAUUCUGCCGCCGACUUAAAGGCCUACAGUCGCUGUCUUGCUGACGCCAAGUUCACCAUUGAGUCGAUCAGCAAAUUCUGGGAUGAGAACGAGCACAAUCGCCUUGCUGCUUGGUAUGCCUUGUAUUUCCUCUUCCAGGCAGCUCUGAUACCCUGCAUCUGUCUACGAAAUGCGCCUCUUACCCCAGACUCACCCAGCUGGUCAGAGCAGAUCUCCAUGACUCUCCGCACGAUCAAGGCCAUGGCACUGAUAAAUCCAAGUUCCGCCAGAUCCUACCAGGUGAUUGUUGAUCUCUGCGGCCAAUACCUGAGAGACCCCCAGUCGGUCUCCAUACCACUUUCUUCUCAACAGAACCCUCAAGAUGUCGCUCACGAGCCCAAUAAUCUCGAAAGGGGGCCAGAGAGUAACAUCGCGGCCGACCCAAACGUGAUAUUCACGCAGACACCCAACGGAGAGCAACUCGGACCAAUCGACGAGAGCCCACAGACGCAAAUUAACCAGGUCUUUCCCAUGAUGUGGCCCAACGUAACAGCUCUGGAAGCGGCCGAUGAGAUCAUGGGAGAUGAUGCGUGGCUUGAGUUUCUGAGGGCUGGCGAUGGUGGCGUCGUCGGAGACCGUCCCGUGUGGGAGGAACGGUGACGUUCAGGGUUUCAAGCACUCUACUCUUGGUUGCGUCGGUUGGUGUUCCUAUUGGUGCCGGUGCUGCCUACUCUUCUUGACCCUGAGCUACCCUGUGGGACAGACCGGGUCAUAACAGGAAUAGUUGGUACUGACCGCGGAAUCACGCCACCAAACUCCCUCACACGUCGUCUACACAAAUGCCAUAAGAAACUCAUAGUUCCAGCAUUUGUUAAUUUCCAAUACCCGUUUUCCCAUCAAGUUGUGCCAAACCAACCGAGAAGGAAGAGUAGGUUUGCUAGAUCCUAGAGCUCAAUCAUCUCAUCCCAUCUCGGUACGGCUUGUCUCCGGCGGUAUAAGUCCUCAGAUUUGUGGCUUGUCACAGUGGCCCAUGUAUUCUCUACACAAGUUACAUAUAUGUUUCACAGCAUAUAGUUAGUGAUGACAAGAUCAUGUCAUUUUAAACCCCCCU